GAGACCUUGGUGCGAGUGAGCUUACCGUCAUUCAAGCAGUCUAUUUCUUUCUAAAUUCUAUGAAAAAGAGAGCACAAAGGCCAAGAACUCUCGCUCGCACAUUGUCUGGAUUUCCCUCCGGUGCUGAGCCGAGCUCGUCAACGAAAGCAAAGAGAACAAAUUAUGGUUUUGAGAAGAACCAUGGCUUGCUUUGGUUGCUGUGGAGAGGAUGAAUUUCAUAGAGUGGCUGAUACUAGAGUUCAUUUAUCUUCAAACCAUUCGGCAGGGAAUAAUGGAUCUGUUCAUGCUUUAGAUCGUGCUCCUAAUGAGGGAGCUCCAAUUGUGAAAGUUCAACCUAUUGCAAUCCCUGCAAUUCCUGUUGAUGAACUAGAGGAAGCAACUAAAGAUUUUGGAACCGAGACCUUGAUCGGGGAGGGAUCAUACGGAAGAGUAUAUUAUGGUGUCUUGAAGAAUGGGAAAUCUACUGCAAUAAAAAAAUUAGACACCAAUAAUCAACCUGACCAAGAAUUUUUAGCGCUGGUGUCUAUGAUGUCAAGGUUGAAACAUGAAAAUGUUAUGGAGCUGCUUGGUUAUUGCAUUGAUGGAAAUUUCCGUGCCCUUGCUUAUGAAUUUGCUACCAUGGGAUCACUGCAUGAUAUUCUUCAUGGGCGAAAAGGUGUUAAAGGAGCACAACCAGGACCUGUACUGUCAUGGAUUCAAAGAGUGAAAAUUGCCAUUGGGGCAGCCAAAGGACUUGAGUACCUACAUGAGAAAGCACAGCCACAUAUUAUUCAUCGUAACAUUAAGUCAAGCAAUGUACUAAUAUUUGAUGAUGAUGUUGCUAAGAUUGCGGACUUUGAUAUUUCCUACCAGGCCCCCGACAUGACAGCUCGACUUCACUCUACUCGUGUUCUUGGAGCUUUUGGUUAUCAUGCUCCAGAGUUUGUGAUGACAGGACAACUUAGCUCUAAAAGCAAUGUUUAUAGUUAUGGAGUUAUUCUUCUAGAGCUAUUGACUGGUCGUAAACCUGUGGAUCAUACCUUACCCAGAGGGCAACAGAGUCUUGUGACAUGGGCAACUCCAAGACUUUGUGAAGAUAAAGUAAAACAAUGUGUUGAUGCAAGGCUAGGUGGACAGUACCCUCCUAAAGCAGCUGCAAAGAUGGCUGCAAUAGCUGCCUUAUGUCUGCAGUACGAGGCUGAUUGCAGACCAAACAUGGGCAUUGUAGUGAAGGCGCUUCACCCUCUCUUAAAUGCAAGGUCUAGGCAUGCAAGUGAGACGAACAGCUCUUUGAAUCAUGCUUAUUAGUUGUUGCUAAAAGAUAGAUAUACUGUUUUUGUUGACACGCUAUCUUGCACCUGAAUGUUAGUACCUUAAAACUCGAAAUGUGUUGGAAUGAUGAAACAUAUUUUUCAAAGUAUUUUCCUUGGCCAUGUUUUUCA